AAAACGUCCUGUCUCAUUUUUCGAUCGCAGCAUGCGCCGGGGCAGCGGGUACGCAGUCGUCAAGGAGAAGCCGUCGUCGUCGACGCACGACCUGAUCCUUGGCCGCCUCUACUGGCUCAUCGAGUGGCUGUCGUUCGGCGCUGGCCUCGCCGUGGUCGUCCUCGUCGCAUUUGACGCGAUUGUCAACAACUGGGCGUUCAACGAUUUUAUCGGGAACGGGUACCAGUACAUGACGCCGGUCGCCGACAUUGAGUUUGCGCACCAGCUUGAGGGCCCAUACGCCUUUGCGACCGGCGCGAGCAUCUCGGACCUCUCGCGCAUCUCGAAAUGGAUGGUCAACUACACCGUGAGCAACCUCGUGCUGCCCGGAAACGACAAGAUCUACGUGCUCUCGGCCGGCACAUUUGCGAUCAACAGCGGGAUGAACCUCUGCAGCAUCUUCAAGCGGUCGUACCCGUCGGCCAACGCCAGCGCGGGUCCCAUCCAGCUCGGGGUUGCCCAGGACGCGAUCACGUUUCUGCGCGGUGAAGCGUUUAGCCAUAUCUUUACCGACGAUGCGACGGCCAAUCUGGCGAAUGCGUCCAUGAGCUCGGCGCAGCUCAACGCGCUCGGCUACGCGCCCGCCCGUAUCCAAGCCGACAUUCGGCUCACGCAGCGCAUCCCCGUCAUGAGCAACGUGACCAGUGUCCAGACGUUCCUUGUUGGCUACUACCGCAUUUACCCAAAGGCAUACUGCACGGGCUGCAUCCCGAUCGCCGAGCUCGGCCACGGCACAUGCAAUCUCAGCCUUGUCGUUUUGCCCAACCAGCGCGGCGUUACGGUUGUCAACGCGACGUUCGUCGACGGCUCGGCCCAUGGCCUCGGGCUCAUGAUCCAGCAAAAUGCCUUUAGCGCUGCGUCGCACUACCUCAAGUUCAUCGCGAUGCUGUUUGCGAUCGGCGGGUACCUUGCGAGCCGACGGACGGUGCAGUGGCAAGAGGUCGACGUGAACAUAACCGAGACAUUCUUACACAAAAUCGUCAAGAUGGUGCUGCCGCGUUACUAUCCGCACGUCUCGCACGCCAUUCGAUUCGAUAUGAUUUGCUACAACUCCGAUAUCUUUGUGCUCUUCUUUACGACCAGCGUGCUCCUCGACAUCAACCACGCGAUCAUCUUCACGCGCGAAGUCCAAGUCUUCAACCAAGUGUGCUUUAAGUGGUCGAUGGGCUUUCAGCUGUUUGCACUGAGUACACGCUUGCUCUGGCUCAACUGCGCGUUUCUCAAGGUCCUCAAAGUACUCUGGCACCUCGUGUCGACCGCUACGUACUGCGGGCAGAGCCAUGUCAUGGGCUUUCUCAAUCUCCGCAGCGUCACGUCGCUGUAUGUGAGCGCGAUCCUGCUCUUCUACGUCCCGCCGUUCAUCGAGUACAACAACAGCGUGCGGGAAGACAUCAAGAACAUCAACGAGUCGCUCGAUGGCAUCGCGCUGGACUUUCUGCAGAGCUUUUACGUGCGCGGGUCCGGCGCGAUCGCCGCCGGCCUCAUCUCCAACAUAUUGCUCGUCGUGCUGGUCGACCAUACGUGCAACCUGGCGUUUUGGCGCCGCCUCGCCCAAAACAGCCUGGCGCGCCAAGCGAUAUACAACAGCACGUCGAUCCUCAUGGACGAUAUUGUCGGCAUUGAUCCGGGAGCGAUCGAUGCGGUCUCGCCCGUCAUUCACUGCAAGGCCCGUCGCCUCUGCACGUUGCAGUGGUUUUUUCUAAGCCAUUUGAGUCUCUUUGGGUUGCCCGAGAAAGAGUUGAAGAAGAAGGCCCAUGCGAACCAGCAGCACGCGCAUCACCCGCCCGCGAGUGAUACGACGAUGGGCAUGAGUCAGCUGCCGUCUGCGCAUGGCGACGGCGCCGAAAGCAGCAGCUCGAGCCGGUCGGAUCAGCUCUACCUCGUUGCGCAAGGCUCGGACCACCACCUGCAUCUGCUCGACAGUGACUACAACGACGUCAAGAGCCUCAUGUUCAACAUCAAGAUAUUGAAAAACACUAGUGUCCUUAUCAAGUAGACAAUGUGUAUUAAUUCUCGUUUAUAUACACUAUUGUCUUAUGUGCA